CACCCAGGUCUGGGGGUUCGAAUCCCAGACUAUGCAAUUUAUUGCAGAUUACAUGAAAUCCAUGUUUCAAGUUCCGGAGAGAGCGAUUUAUUAAACAAUUAUGCAGACUACAGAGGAAAGACUUCCAAGGGAUCUUCAACAUGGUGCAAGUAAAUAUGGUCAGGCGUGGAUUUUCAUAGGACGGAUCAAGUGAUGCAUUUAGGCGUAGGUCUUCAUAAGGCAGGCGGUGAUGUCAUAAAAGACGUCAUAUGUUAUGUGAAACCGGUAUUCACGUGGAGGAGCUCCAACGAGAUAUAGCUCCAUGACCAUCCAAGUGCAGACUUUUCGAAUGAUUCCACCCGAAGGCACGUGAGGUACACGAACCUGAUCUCUUGUUUCGUUUCUCCUUUUGGUCUUUCCCAUUAAUUUCCACUCUCCUUCCAAAGAGCUAAAAUAAAAUGUUAUAUAUGAUGAUGAUGCUAGAGGUUAAUUUAAAGGUAUAAGAUACAAACACAUCUGGAUUAAAACAACAUGAAGUCAUCAUCAUCAUGGACGUUUCUCACGACCACAAGCUUAGACCAGAGAAACCCAUCUCGAGUUUCGAAAAAAACACCGAAGCAAAUGAAGAAGACGGCUUCAAGGAACAAACCCAUCAAAGUGCGUUACAUAUCGAACCCCAUGAGAGUUAAAACUUGUGCGUCCAAGUUUAGAGAGCUCGUACAAGAGCUCACCGGCCAAGACGCCGUCGAUCUUGAGCUUGAGCCCGAGUUUUCCCCUUCUGCGGUAUCCGACGACAGCUCUUCUCCGCGGCCGCCGGAAAAUCUUGCGCCACGUGAUCUUCAUCAGGAGCCGUUCGAUGAUCGGGUGACUGGCUACUAUGAGCCGUUGAAUGGGGAAGAGAUGUUUGUGUCGCAGUUGUCGGGAGGUUUUUCUGGAUAUUUCUCGAAUGAGUUUUACAAUGGGGAUGUGGAUGGCUUUGGAAAAAUCGAUCUAUGUGAUGAUAUUCUGAGUAUUUAGGGGGUUCAAGUAGAUAUCUAUACAAUUAUCAAAUGUCAUUAUGGUACAUAUGUUUAAACUGAUAUUCUCUCUAUACGAAUAAUAUAUAGUAUUACAACAUGUUUUCGUAGCCACGUGAUUAUUUUUAAAA